GAAACUAGUCAAUUCCAAUGGAGCAAUUUCAUCAACGCGGGAUUCCCUAAAUAAUAAAAUCAUCAACGCGGGAGUUAAAACAUUUACUGAGCGCCAAAACUUUUCGGUAACCCCACCUUUCCGAGCCACCUCCUCACUCUUCUCCACUCUUCCUCAAUUUCCCCUCUUGAUGAACUGCCCUACCCCAAUGAAGAAAAUCAAUCAACGAUUUGAUUAGCGGGCACCGCGUCUCUGAUGAGGAGGUGAUUUCUAGUUGAGUGCUCGUUAUUGCAAAGUGGCCCCCAUGCUUAGGUAUUCAAGAAUAAUAUAGCAGGUUGGUAGAUCGGAAUCAUGUGGCUUGGGAUGAUCGAGAGAGUUGCAUGUUUUCGUACUUUGAAACUAUUUAAUAAUACUUUAAUUAUGUUUGAAAUGUUUGAACUAUUUAUGUUUUGGUUUUGGGCCGUUAUGGUUCCAAAUUGUAGGAGGCCUCAAUAUUACAUUAAUUAUGUUUUUAAAAGUUAGUUGACAUUAAUUUCCGCUGCGUAAUUCUGGUACUAGCCUUACCCGUUAUCACGACGACGGUAAUACUUUAGUAAUUCCUUUAUUUUAAGUUGGAAAAUGGUUUUAUAAAAGCGAGGAAUUAUUAGGGUGUUACAGUUGGGUUGGUUUGGGGGCUGUCGCCAGAGGUCACUGUGGGGACGUGCUGUUUUCAGCCUGCAAGAGGGUGCGUGCUCAUUGGCCUCCAGAGGUGGCAGAGGGGAAGGCAAUGCUGCUCGCAAUCAAGCUCGCACGCAGACAUGGCAUGAAGUUAGUUAUCCUUGAAAGUGACUAUGAGCUUCUCAUCAAGCGCCUAACUAAGACCUCUAUUUACUUUGCUGAUCUUGAUGGCAUCCUUGAUGACAUUCUUUCUUUUUGUACUUCUUAUGAUUUGAUUUCAUUUCUUGGUCUCAUGUUAGGAGGGAGGGUAAUUUUGUUGCCCAUCGCCUCACUAGAUUAAUGCCGUUUGGAGUUCAACAAAUGUGGGAAAAUCAUUGCCCUUGUGAAAUUUCACCAUAGGUGAGAGGAAGAAGCUCAGAAAUGGCGUCUAAGGGCAAGGGAAUAGCCGACGGUAAAGACUCAUCUGGCAAGAGAAAACGUUCGGACGACGAUAAUGGUGGCAAAUCUAGGAAGAAUCGCAAUGUUCUACAGUUCUUCGAAGAUGCCGCCUUUGAAGAUGGCGAUGGUGACAGCGAUAGUGGCAGCGACGAUUUUUUUGAUGAUGAUUUUUUAGCCGAUUAUAAUGUGGAUCCUAAAGUCAAAAGUGAGCCUGGAAGAUUUGAUCAGGUCCCCUUUUUUCCGAAAGAGGAAGAAUUAAGUGGGGAUGAACUGGAGAAAAUGUUAGAAGAGCGUUAUAGGAGAGGGUCUGGAUAUGUUAGGUAUGCUGAUGAUGAUUACGAGUCUAAAAGGUCUGGAGACAAGAGUGAACUUAUGCCAUCCGUGGAACCAACUAUCUGGAAAGUCAAGUGCAAGGUUGGGCGAGAGAAAAAUACUGUAUUCUGCCUGAUACAAAAGUUUGUAGAUUUGAAAGUCUUAGGAACCAAGCUGCAGAUAAUAUCUGCAUUUGCUGUCGAGCACAUCAAAGGGUUUGUAUUUAUUGAAGCAGAAAAGCAGUCUGACGUCGCCGAGGCAUGUAACCAGCUUGCUGAUGUAUACUUUAGCCUUGUAACACCAGUGCCAUCGAAUGAAGUUGGUCGACUCCUGGUUGUUAAAAAGAGGUAUCAUGAAGUCAAAGAGGGAACAUGGGCACGGGUAAAGAAUGGAAUCUACAGGGGUGACUUAGCACAGGUGGUGGCUGUCAACAAUGAGCGAAAAAAAGCAACAGUGAAGUUGAUCCCAAGAAUUGAUCUACAGGCUCUUACGGAGAAAUAUGGUGGAGGAGCAAAUUCUAAGAGGACAAAAGGAUCUGUACCAGCAGCAAGAUUGAUAAGCUCAAGUGACCUGGAGGAGUUUCGACCUCUUAUACAAUACAGACGUGAUCGCGACACCGGAAAAAUGUUUGAGUUCCUUGACAGUCUGAUGCUUAAGGAUGGAUUUUUGUAUAAGAAAGUAUCCAUUGACUCUUUGAGCUUUUGGGGUGUUAAUCCCUCAGAAGAUGAGCUACAGAAGUUCGUGAUUUCCAGUAAUGAUGAAUCUGAUAAUGUGGAGUGGCUUUCACAACUUUAUGGGGAGCCAAAGAAGAAGUCAAUUGUGAAUUUUGAUAAGGGAGGUGGUAAGGGAGGUGUUAAGGGAGGUCGGAAAGGAGAGGGUUCUUCUGGAUCCCACGAGCAAUCUAGCUUUGAAGUCCAUGAUCUUGUUCAUUUUGGGAAAAGAGAUUUUGGUAUGAUUGUAGGCAUGGAGAAGGGAGAGAACUACAAGGUUUUGAAAGACGAUUUAGAAGGACCAGUGACGCUGACUCUAGGACAAAAAGAUUUGAAGUAUGUGCCUCUAGAGAAGAAAUUUACAGCUUUAGAUCAUCGUAUGAAGACAAUAUCCAUAAAUGACACUGUCAGAAUUUUGGAGGGGCCAGUCAAGGGACGGCAGGGAAUGGUGAAGCAGGUUUACAGGGGGGUCAUUUUUUUGUACGAUGAAAAUGAUUUGGAUAAUGCUUAUUUCUGCGCAAAAUCCCAGAUGUCUGAGAAAGUGAAGCAUUCCGAGACUGCUUGUCAUGGAAAGGAUGAAGGAGGUCCAUCGAGUUUUGAUGAUGUUCCUUCCUCACCUAAAUCACCUUUAUCUCCUAAGAAACCAUGGCAGAGAGGGAACAAUUCCGAUGUGGAUCAGACAGAAAAAGAAGGAUUAUUCUCUGUUGGGCAGUCGUUAAGAAUUCGAAUUGGUCCCUUGAAAGGAUAUCUCUGCCGUGUCUUAGCUAUUCGCUAUUCUGACGUCACUGUGAAGCUUGAUUCUAAACAUAAGGUUCUUACAGUUAAACGUGAGCAUCUUUCUGAGGUUCGUGGAAAGACUUCUGCCUCUUUAAUUAGAGAUGACCCAGAAACGAGUUCACCGUUCAAACCAUUCGACUUGCUUGGAACUGAAGGCAACACAAAUGAUUGGUUACAACAAGCUAGUGGUUCAGCAGAUGGUGAUGGUUGGAAUGUUGGAGGGGUGUCUAGUGAAAGGAGCGCUUGGCCUGCCUUCCCAUCCUCUGGUGCUUCGCUUCAAGUGGGUACUGCAGCUACUGAUCUGCCUUCUUCUGUUGAAGAUACAGCUUGGCUCAGUAAAGUUGCUGUCGGCAAUGAAAAAGCUGUUGAUAACAGUGACCCUGUUGGGGGAUGGGGUACAAGUGCUGGUGGUUGGGGAAAAGCAAUAGCCCCUGUUGGAGAUCACGGAGGCUCUUGGAACGUCGGUGGAUCUAGUUCCAGCCAAGGAAAAACAGAUAAUGCAACAAACAGUUGGUCCAGUCAAAUUGCCGAGAAGGGCCAGUCUGAUUCUCUGGACAAAGGAAAAAGCGUGGAGGAGCAAGGCGGUUGGAAUAAUAUUGGUUCAUGUGGUGAAUCUGGUUCUUCUGGUUGGGGUAAACCGAAAACAUGUACAAAAAGUGUGACUUGGGGCGAAGGCACAGCGUCAGUAGAACAGAGCAUUGGUAAGGCAGGUGGUGUUGAAUGGGCUGAACCUAAGUGCUCUAGUAAUCCAGCUGAAGAGUCUUGGGGCAAAGCAGCAGAUGGCUGGGGCAAAAAUAAUACGUCAAGUGAGAGCAGCAAAUGGGGAAGCUCAGCAGUUGCAUCACAGACUCAAGUUGUGGCCUCUGCUGAAACACAUACUGGUUGGACAGGUGCCUCUUCUGGUUCCUCUGGCUGGGGUAUUUCAGGUCAGAAGUCUGAGGAGAAAGCAAUGGAUGGGUGGAAGAAGGAUGCUACUACUACUUCAAGUGGCUGGUCAAAGGGUGGAGAUGUAAGCCAGGGUAAGAGUUGGAGCAAGACCACUGAUGGGGGUGGGGAAGACAGAAGCUGGAAAAAGCCAGCAUCUGGUGGUAGUGGUGGAGGUGGUGGGAACUGCUACAAAUGUGGAGAGGCCGGUCACAUGGCGAGGGAAUGUCCAACUGGUGGUAGUGGCGGAGGUGGUGGGAACUGCUACAAAUGUGGAGAGGCAGGUCACAUGGCAAGGGAGUGCCCGUCAGGUGGUGGUGGCGGAGGUGGUGGGAAUUGUUACAAAUGUGGGGAGGCAGGUCACAUGGCGAGGGAAUGCCCAUCGGGUGGUGGCGGCGGCGGCGGAGGUGGUGGGAAUUGUUACAAAUGUGGAGAGGCAGGUCACAUGGCGAGGGAAUGCCCAUCGGGUGGUGGUGGCGGCGGAGGUGGUGGGAGCUGUUACAAAUGUGGAGAGGCAGGUCACAUGGCGAGGGAAUGCCCAUCUGGUGGCGGCGGAGGAGGUAGUGGGAGCUGUUACAAAUGUGGAGAGGCAGGUCACAUGGCGAGGGAAUGCCCAUCUGGUGGUGGUGGCGGAAGAGGUGGUGGGAGCUGUUAUAAAUGUGGAGAGGCUGGUCACAUGGCGAGGGAAUGCCCAUCUGGUGGUGGCGGCGGAGGUGGUGGGAGCUGUUACAAAUGUGGAGAGGCAGGUCAUAUGGCGAGGGAAUGUCCAUCUGGUGGUGGUGGUGGCGGAGGUGGUGGGAGCUGCUAUAAAUGUGGAGAGGCAGGUCACAUGGCGAGGGAAUGCCCAUCAGGUGGUGGGCGUGGAGGUGGAGGUGGGCGUGGAGGUGGUGGGAACUGUUACAAAUGUGGAGAGGCUGGUCAUAUGGCAAGGGAAUGCCCAUCAUCAGGUGGUGGCGGCGGAGGAGGUGGUGGGAACUGUUACAAAUGUGGAGAGGCGGGUCAUAUGGCGAGGGAAUGCCCAUCAGGUGGAAGGUAUGGAGGUGGUGGUGGGAGUUAUGAUAAACCAAAUGCAGGAGGGUCGUCUUGGGGAGGUGGGAGCACAGGUGGAUCAUCUUGGGGAGGUGGGACUGCAGGUGGGUCAUCUUGGGGAGGUGGGACCGCAGGUGGGUCAUCUUGGGGAGGUGAUAGCAGUGAUAAACCAAAACCAAAUGCAGGUGGAUCAUCUUGGGGAGGUGGGAGUGCGGGGGGAUCAUCUUGGGGAGGUGGGAGCAGUGAUAAACCAAAUGCAGGUGGAUCAUCUUGGGGUGGUGGGAGCAGUGAUAAACCAAAUGCGGGUGGAUCAUCUUGGGGUGGUGGGAGCAGUGAUAAACCAAAUGCGGGUGGAUCAUCUUGGGGUGGUGGGAGCAGUGAUAAACCAAAUGCGGGUGGAUCAUCUUGGAGUGGUGGGAGCAGUGAUAAACCAAAUGCGGGUGGAUCAUCUUGGAGUGGUGGGAGCAGUGAUAAACCAAAUGCAGGUGGAUCAUCUUGGGGUGGUGGGAGCAGUGAUAAACCAAAUGCAGGUGGAUCAUCUUGGGGUGGUGGGAGCAGUGAUAAACCAAGUGAUAAACCAAGUGCAGGUGGAACGUCUUGGGGAGGGGAUAAACCAAGUACAGGCGGAUCAUCUUGGGGAGGUGAUAAACCACCAAGUGCAGGGGGAUCGUCUUGGGGAGGUGAUAAAGAAAGUGCAGGAGGAUCAUCUUCGUCUUGGGGUGGUGGGAGCAGUGAUAAACCAAGUACAGGAGGGUCGUCUUGGGGCAGUAACAAACCAAGUGCAGGAGGAUCGUCUUUGUCUUUGGGAGGUGAUAAACCAAGUACAGGAGGGUCGUCUUGGGGAGGUGAUAAACCAAGUGCAGGGGGGUCGUCUUGGGGAGGUGGGAGCAGUGAUAAACUGCCUGGUGAUAGGGCUGAAGAAAAGGGCUGGGGUGGAGGUGGGAGCAGUGAUAAACCACCUGUUGACGGGGCUGAAGAAAAGGGCUGGGGUGGAGGUGGAGGUGGAGGUGGUUCAUCUUGGGGCGGCAGUGGAAGCAACAACAAAAAAGGUGGUUGGGAAUGAGACAUCUAGGAAUGCAGGUUAAGUUUGGGAUAACUCUUUAACAUCUGGGUAGUAGCAGUGGUUGGGGAAAGUUGCUUUAGUUUGUGAUUGUGUUUGACUGUUUGUUCUAGUUUUUGGUGUCUACUGUUUUGACCUGGAUCUUGAGCCUUGAGGAGUAACCUUGUUUGGUUUAUUUUUGCUGGAUCUGUCAGGUUUUAGGGUAGGAUGGCUGCACCAUUACUGUUAUGUUUUGGCAAUGUAAAUAAACAUGCUACUCCUUCACUGUAGUGUCAUCUGGCAUCUUAAUAAGUUCUAUUUCUGGUGAUGUAUUUGUAAGUUUUUUAGGUGGAUAUGUAAAUUCAUUCCUUGUGUGCUUUGUACUCUCCCUCCUUGUGGUGGUUGCUGUUCAUGUGCAUUGAUCUUUGAAGAUAUGAUAAUGUAAUUCGAACAAGUGUUCAGAUAUGAUGGGAGAGUAUUCUAAAUUCUAUACAUGUGUUAUAAGUAUUUCUGUCAA